CUUGUUUCCACUGAGGGGGGGUGCUGCACCGCUCAGCCGCCUUUUAACGUAUCGGGGUGCGCGUGAGCUGUCCGCUUGCACAUGCACGCGUGCACCCUCCUCCUCGUGUAUUUCCGUCAUUAGGUUGGUUUAAGUGUGCAGAGAAGAAGGAGAAGGAGAAGAAGAAGCAGGAGGAGGAGAAGAAGAAGAUUAGGCAGAUGGUUAUUAGUUGAGCGGGCAGAGGAGGAGCAGGAGCAGGAGCGCGCGCUGCAAACACACCUGAUCAGCUGAUCAGUAGAGGAGGUGCAGGUGGUCUCACGAGGCGUCCAGGUCCACGGAGCAGAGCCAUGAGUCCGGCUCACAUGAGCCCUGCUCCCUGACGGACCAGAGGAGGAGGAGGGGGAGGAUGAAGGUUCGGCUCCACCAGCUCCACCAGCCGGUUUCAUAAUAAGAUGCCACCGGGCCCCGGGGCUCCGCACGCGCCUCGGAUCCACAACAGCCCGGGAUAACAAAACACGAAGAGGCAGAGAAGUCCAAUACAGGCAGGAACCAGCUCCGCCAGCGGUCCGGGACCAGCCCGGAGGGACGAGCCGGAGACACACAGGUCCGCAGUGAUGCUGCUGCCGUGGCUCACGGUCCUGUCAACGCUCCUCGUCCUGCUGCUGGCUGCCGGACGCUGCACCGCGGCAGCCUUGCUCCCGGGCUCUGGUACCCGGGUGGAUUGGCGCCUGGAUGGACGCAGUGGUGCACUGGAGCUGGUUCGCCGCGACCUGAAGACGAGGACGGAGGCAGCAGAGGAACCGUCCGGACACAGAGUCAAAACGCUGCAGAGAGAGAGCCGGUCACUGCAGGUACCAGAUCCACAUCACAAAGACAAGUACAUCAUACACCUGACAGGCCCUCUUUACAUCAACCCAAAGUGCAGGAAACACUUCCACAGACUUUACCACAACACCAGAGACUGCACCAUACCUGCCUAUUAUAAAAGAUGCGCUCGUCUGCUGACUCGACUGGCCAGCAGCCCUCGCUGUACCGAGAGAUAAACACACGGCGAGACUGGAAACAGCCUCUCUGUUGUCCAUCCACUGACGAGCCGGCAGAGUUCUCCAGCCAAUAGAAACUCCUCUGAGGCACCUCUGACCAGGAUGUUUUUUAUUCAACUCUCUGCCCAACAGACCUGGCUUAAUAUUAAAAUUAAAAUGUAAUAUCAGGCAGCGGACUCAGCGGCUGUGUUCUACCGGACUCUACUCUGCUGGACUCCACCAAUCUUCAACCUCUACAAUACGAAUGAAAAAGGAUUUCUAUUUUUCUGAAGAGAAAGUUCAACUGAGAGUUUGAGGUGAUUCUACUGGUUCCUAUUAAAGCAGCAGGAUUUCUUUUUCUGGCUGAAAGUAGGCGGAUCGCUGCUUUGAAAUCAAGAAAAAUGUCAGAUUGGAUCUGGACACUUUUUAAAAUCCGGGACCAAUGUCUUUUUCAGAUUUUUGGUGUGAUUUUGGAUUCCUGAACAUUUUGAAGCCUUCAGAGGAAAUAAAUGGACAAACCCUCUGAUUUGACAUCAUGUGCAACAAAAUCUGAAAUGCUGAAUGUGUUUUAUGUAACAUAAUGCAAAAUAACAAUAAUAAUAAUUACAGUAAUAAUAUUCCACUAUAUUUAUAUUGUUUAAGAUGCUGCCCAGUGUGCAAUAUGUACAUACUGAAGGAGGAAUAAAGACACACGUUUCAUAUA